UACAGUAACAUUUGCAUGAAUAGUUUGCAUUACGACCAAUCCUCUCGUUUAGAAGAUCAUCUUGUUGUUGAACAUCAUUAUCCAAAAGGAGUUUCCGUUUGUGAAUUGUGUCAAAAAAGUUUUUGUCAUCGGCCAUCUUUAUUAAGGCAUCGAGCUGUAUCGCACGGUGAAAUAAAAAAAUUUCCUUGUGAAAAUUGUUCAAAAGUAUACCGUGAUCCAUCAAUUCUUCAACGACAUAUUCGUGCUCAUCACGUUGGCGCUAGAAGUCACGUUUGUGAUGAAUGUGGUAAAACAUUUGGUACAUCAUCAGGAUUAAAGCAACACACACAUAUACAUUCAUCUGUUAAACCAUUUCGUUGUGCAGUUUGUAGAAAAGCGUAUACACAAUUUUCAAAUUUAUGCCGACAUAGACGAAUGCAUGCCGAUUGUCAAACACAAGUUACAUGUUCAAAGUGCGGUCAAAGUUUCGGAACAGCGUCAUCAUUAUCAAAACAUAAAAGAUUUUGUGAUCCGAAUAGUACGAUAUCUUCUCAUCAUUUAUCAUCAAAUCAUCAACAGCAUCGUACACAUUCAAGUGAUGUUAGGAGAAGUCGUAUGCCAUCCCAAUUGAGUACAAGUAGCGGGUCUUCUUCUAAUAAUAUUGAUCAACCGCAUACACAAUCAUUAGUGUCAGGAGUAAAUAGUGCUUUGGGACAUAAUAUACCGUCAGCUAUGAGUACACCACCGAAUCCAUUUUUAAUGUUUCGUGGACCUCCACCAUUUUUUCCGCCUGGAUUCCCACCCUAUGGUUUGCCUAUGGGCAUGUUUCCGCAAACACCAGCUCAAGCGCCUAACUUUCAGUUGCUCUUACAAAAGCCCAAUUUGGAUUUACCGAUGUCUACAGUGAAAAAGGAAGAAAAAAUAUCACCAAUAUCUGGAAAUCGAAGUUUAGAUUUUCCAAAUUUUUCCUCUAAUAAUGGUCACAACAAAACAACAACAAAUCAAUUAGGAGGAAAUGAUAUUAACUUAACAAAUGGCAGAAGUUUAUCACAACAUUUAGUGGAAAACAAUAAAAUCAAAAAUGAAACGAAAAAUUCGAUUGAUAAUAAUAAAAUCAAAUUCGAACAACGUUCACCUCGAAGUUCAAGACAAUCACAAAGUUCAGAUGAUGACACAAAUCAGUCUAUCAUUAAUUUAAAAUUAACAGCUUCUGGUACCAGUGGAGGUUUAGAUAUUGAUGACGGUAGAGAGACUCCCGAAGAUAAGAAGCCCAUUAAUGUGACUAGUCCUUCUCCAAGCAGUGAAAGAUCAGUUAAAACGAAUUCUAGUUCACCUCCAACUGAACAACCUUUAGAUUUGACAAUGACACGAAAAGAGCCAAUUUUGGGCAAACGACGUUUACUUUCUUCACCCAAUUCGACUUCAAGAGAACAAGUUGAAGACCUUAUAACAACACCUGAAACACAUUUCUCAAGUAAGAGAAUGGCAGUAUCACCAACCCCGUCAAACCAAAGAAUACCAGAAAUUUCAACUGGACCAAAUAGUCCAGCACAUUCAAUAACACCAGGACCAACACCAUCCCCUUCACCACCGGGACCGCCAAUAACAUGUCCACGUCCUAUACAUCCUAUGCUAUUAGAAGCUAUUUAUCGUCCUAAUACAACAGCAGCAGCUGCUGCAGUUGCUUUCCAAAGACCAUUUCCUUUUUUAGGGUCAAUGGGUGGUCGGCCAGCCGGCUUUGAUCAUUUACUAGCCGUACAACAACAUCAUCAUCAUCAACAUCACCAACAUCAACGAAAUGGACCGUUUCCGCCCAAACCAUUUCAUGAAGCUCUAAUGGCAGCCGGUGGUUUAUCUGUUGGAUUAACUGUAGGUGGUAAAAUUAAAGAUCGUUAUACUUGUAAAUAUUGUGGUAAAGUAUUUCCACGAUCAGCUAAUUUAACACGUCAUUUAAGAACUCAUACUGGCGAACAACCAUAUAAAUGUAAAUACUGCGAACGUUCCUUUAGUAUUUCAAGUAAUUUACAACGUCAUGUUAGAAAUAUACAUAAUAAAGAGAGACCAUUUAAAUGUCAUUUAUGUGAUCGUUGUUUCGGACAACAAACAAAUUUAGAUCGUCAUCUUAAAAAACAUGAAGCUGAUGCCAAUGGUUUAAGUUUGGCUAUUGGUGAUUCACCAUCAUCAACGGAAGCUGAACGUGAAGAUGCAUGUGAUGAAAUACGUUUAUUUAUGGGAAAAGUAACAUAUUCAGGUGGUAUUUAUACACCAGUGAGUUUUGGUGGUGGGGAUCAUGAAACUGAGGAUACAACAGAUGCUGACAACGAUGUAUGCAAUAACAACGAAUCAAUAAAUAAUGAUGCACCUAUUGAAGUGACAACAUAGAAGUACUUAUAUAAUUUAAUGGAAAAUAUUAUUUAAUAAUAGUAAUUAUGAUAUAGAAAACAAAGAAGUUGCUGGUCAAAUCAUUUUAGAUUUAAGUCGGAAAUAUGAAAAUAUUUUAAAUUGAAAAGAAACAAAAUUAUUAUAGCUGAAAAAAUUAUAUCCAACGAAAAUUAAAGUAAAAAAAAUUAUGUUAAAUAAAAUAAUUAGAAAUUUAAGAUUUUGUGAAAAAAAAAAUUAAAAU